AUGGCUUCUACUUUGGGAAAGCGGACACGAAGCUCGACGAGCAUCCCGAGUCCUGCACUAAAAAUCUCGGUAUCGAAGCGCGUCAAAACCAACCAACAAUCGAAAAUUUUCAACGACGAGAACGAAAACCCAUUCGUGUCCAAACCUACGCGUACUCAAUCUCAAGAUGGCGAGCCAGUGGAUAUCGAUGAAUCGACGCCUGCGAAGCAUGGGGCCGCAGGGCGAAGAAUCCUUUCGUCUCCCUCGAAAGUCAAGACGACCCGGGAUGAUCCCUAUCCGAGGCGCAUUCAAACCCUCACACCGCAGACUCCUCGACACUACGAUGCAUUCUCAAAGACCGUGCCCACUACACCUAGACACCGCGUUAUGGUCACCGGAAAGCCCUUGACUCCUCGGACUCCUCGAACUCCUGUCACACCUGGUGGAUCGAUCGCAACAGUAUACAGUCGCGCCCGACAGCUUUUCACGCGUAGCACAGAGCCCGGAAGACUCGUGGGUAGAGAGGCCGAGAGAGAGGAGUUGUCGACUUUCGUCAAGGAUUGCAUCGCCAAGACAUCUGGAGGAUGUACUUAUGUCAGUGGACCACCGGGAACUGGCAAGAGCGCCAUGGUCAAUGAGGUCACCGAGUCUCUCGAGGCUUCACCGACCAUUAAGAAGGCAUACAUAAACUGUAUGAGCAUGAAGACGUCAAAGGACCUGCAAGCAAAUCUGUUGGAGAACUUGUGUGAUGGUAUUGAAAUUUUGGAGGGAGACGAGAUCAUGACUCUGCAGGGAAUGUUUGUGUCAAGGAAGAAGAACAAGACGGUCUAUGUGGUCACCCUCGACGAAAUCGAUCACAUCCUCACCCUGGACCUGGAGAUCAUGUACAAGCUGUUCGAGUGGUCCCUUCAGAAGUCCUCACGUCUAAUCUUGGUUGGCAUUGCGAACGCGUUGGACAUGACCGAUCGAUUCCUUCCUCGACUUAAGGCCCGAAAUCUGAAGCCCCAGCUUCUUCCAUUUCUGCCAUACAGCGCAGUGCAAAUCAAGACGGUGAUCGUUACGCGACUAAAGUCUCUCGUGGCCGCUGAUAGCCCAACUCCCGACUACGUCCCAUUCCUCCAUCCAGCCGCCAUUGAGCUCUGCUCCCGCAAAGUUUCAAGCCAAAGCGGCGACCUGCGAAAAGCCUUCGACAUCUGCAGACGCGCCAUCGAUCUCGUGGAAUCCGAGACGAAGCAGAAGCACGAGGAGGCUCUCCACGAACAACUUCUGCUCGAGUCUCCAUCCAAGAACCCCCUCGGCGAAAAUACCAACCUCGCCUCUUCUCCCUCUGCCGCCAAAUCGGUCCCUUUGAAGUCACUCGCCCAGUCUCUCGGCGCUCUGACCGUCGAAACCGCACCCCGAGCCUCAAUCUCCCACGUUAACAAGAUCACGUCCUCGACCUUCGGCAACGGCGCCAACCAGCGCCUCAAAGCCCUCAACCUGCAACAGAAGGCCGCUCUCUGCGCCCUGGUAGCAGUCGAGAAGAAGAAGCGCGAUGCAGCCGCUAACCUGCUUGCCACACCUUCCAAGUCGAGGAAUGCAGCUCCCACCGUCAAGGCUCUGUACGAUAUCUACUGCAAACUGUGCACGCAGGACGCGAUCCUGCAUCCACUUACCAGCACGGAGUUUCGAGAUGUGAUUGGGAGUUUGGAGACGCUGAGUCUGAUCAGUGCCGUGGAUGGGCGCAAUGGGAGUUUCGUGGGGCUGACGGGGCAGAGGAAGAGUAAGAAGUUUGGUGCUGGGGCCGGAGUUGGGGACGAGAGAAGAGUGGGCAGCUGUGUGGGUGAGAAGGAGGUCCUGCAGGCUGUGGAGGGACUCGGAGCGGGGAUCCUGAAGAACAUUCUCGGGGGUGAGGGCUUGGAGUAUUGA